GCUGGGUGAACAAUAUAGCAAAAGACAUUGGAAAUUGACCCCCGAUAGUUGUUCGACCUGUUACAUUGUGAAUAAGUUGUUGUUCGGUCGAGGCCCCUCAGCUAUGCUCACCUAGCUGCUGCUACUUCCAAGAUGCAGCCCGUACCGAUGCCGCCUGCGCUGCAGGCGGUUUCGCGACCUGUGCUGGAGGAGUAUGUGGGGGCCCGCGUUAAGCAGUUCAGCCGCGCUCUGGCGGGCGUGCUGCUGCCGAGCAUAACUGAGCAGUCUUUCGAGUUUGCCUUCUCCCGCGCGACCCAGCUGCUGGGCCAAGCAGUUCAUGAACCUGUUGGAGUAUCAGACUCGUACGCACUACGCUUCACCCAUCGCUGCAAAUUCCUGGGGUGCAUGCGCAAGGAGUGCGGGCUGUGCAAAAACAACCCGAACAAGAAGUGCCGCGAGGAGGACAACUUCGACGAGUGCUAUGCGGAUGGCCAGAUUCUCAAGUCCAAGUGCGAGUCGGACGUGUCGCUGGAGCUCAUCAACCUGCGCACGGGACUGGCGGAGGCGCUGCCCAGCGUGGAGAUUGCGGUCACGGUGGUGGAUGGUGACUCGUACAGCGAGUCGGCGCCGGCCAAUUACGGUCACGUGCGAGAGCUGCUGAAGAACGACGACGAGAGCAUCCUACUGGGUGCCUACCAGGCGGGCAGCAAGACUGACCCGGACGGCCGCCUGUACCUGCGCAUGACCGAAGGCCUGGUGAAGCUGCCGGAUGUGUGCGUGACGGACAAAAAUGACACGUUCCAUUUCAACAACGAGACCUUUGGCACCUUCCGCCUUAUGGCGAAGGCGGUGCGGAGGGAGUACGGGCGGCUGGUGGUGGUGGAGAACGUGCGCCCGACCGUGUCUGGCAAAUUCAUUGUCAAGACGCAGCGCGCGCUGAACGACUACCGCAAGUCGGAGUACCCGCACUACAAGGACGAGCUGACGAAGUUGAAACACAUCGGCUCCAUCACGGCGCAGCGCCUGCGUGAGAUCCAGUCGCACUUGGACUGCCCGUACAGCAGCAUCGAGACGGUGGAACAGCUGAAGCAGCUGAUGCUGUUCGCGGACCAGAACCGGCAGGUGGAGAACAAGAUGCUGGAGCUGCUUAACAUGAAGGGCAAGCACAAGCACAAGUGGGACUACCUGCGAGAGGUGCUGGCGGAGCGGGUGGUGUACGACGACAUGCUGCACCGGCUGUGGUACACGGACGAGUCCAUGACGCAGGGCGUGCUGUUCGCGUGCAAGCAGGGCCAGGUCAACAUGGAGCGGCCCAUCGGCCUGGUGCAGCGCGGCCCCAACGGCCGGCUGAUGGUCAACAGCAACCCCGCGGGCCCGGACGCGGAGCUGCUGAAGCAGUGGCGCCAGCUGGCUGAGGCGGACUGGUGCCGGCCCAACCACCGCAGCUGGGUGGCGGUGCAGGAGCAGCUGGAGAUGGUGAACGGCAGUACCUCACUGCUCAUCGGCGGCGGGUCCAGCAUGUCCAUGGCAGCAGGCACGCCCAGCAUGUCCAUGGCCGACGGCAUGGAUGAGGGGCUGCUGAAGCGCGGCAGCGUGGGUAUGGCGCCGUCCAUGAUGAACGCCGUGAACGACGAGCGCCGCAGCCGCCGCUCCUCGGCGGUCAGCUACCCGCAAGUGCCCAACUCACCCAAACUGGAGCCUGGGAUUAUGGGAAUGAUGCAGGGGCAGCAGCAGCAGGGUGCCAGCAGCAGCUAUGGAGACCUGCAGCACCAGGGCAUGCUGGGGCCGAUGGGCAGCGGCGCUGGCGGGCAGCCGCAGCAGCAGUUCCAGUUCUCGGGGCAGCGGAGCAUGGCCACGCAGGCGCUCAUCACCGCCGGCGGGCUGACGGCAGGCGACCUGAUGCCUGACGUGUACCGCACGGCAAGCGCGCCCAACAUGGCCGCGUCAUCGCCGUUGUACUCGCACAACAGCAUUGACAGCCCCGGCAACAACAGCAACCUCAUGGGCGCCGGCAGCGGGCCGAGCAGCAACAUGGGCAUGCCGGUCCCUGGGCCCGACGGCGUGCUGGGGCCUCCGCCGUCACGGCCAGCGCGCUACCGCCGGUUGUCGGCGGACGCAACCGCUGUGAGGCAGAUGGCCAUGAUGCAGGCGGCCGGCGUGCCACAGCCGGAGAUGUCCGCGGACCUGGGCAAGCGGUCGCGUAACUCGGCGCCGGGCCACCCAGCACUGGAGGAGCUGCAGCAGCAGAUGCAGGGCCAGAUGCAGCAAGGCCAGAUGCAGAUGCAGGGCCAGAUGCAGGGCCAGCAGUCUCUGCAGGGACCGGGCGGAAUGCAGGGGCAGGAUAUGGGGCAGAUCAACAUGACCAACCGGCACGCACUGUACCACUUCGAGAGCCGUGGGCGCCACACGCCGCGCAGCCGCCUGAGCUCAGAGGUCAGCGACACGGUGGCAGCGAGCGCAAUGGGCGCCGUGCUCGACACGUCCGACCUCGAAACCUUUAUACAGCAGAAUUUCACGUUCGCCACGGGUGAUCCCACGUUCUCGGGCGCUCCCGCGGACCAGCCGUCCAACCUGAUGGGGCCCAUGGGCGGCGGCAUGAACCCCGGCUCAUCGAGCCUAUCGGGGCCGCUCAUGCACAUGUCAUUGCAGCAGCAACAGCAGCAGCCGGACCAGCUCACGGGCCAGAUGCAGAACGCGCUCAACAUCGGCGACCAGGCCGCGUCGCGCAUGGGCGCGGUGGGGCCCUCGGGCUCAGGACUCAUGAACAUGGAGCCCGGCAUGGCGCAGCAGCACCACAUGCACCAGCAGCAGCACGGCAUGGGGAUGGGGAUGGGGUCGAUGGGCAACAGCGCCGCCGGCAUUGGCAUGAGCGGCACCAGCCUCGCGGGCGGCAUGGGUGGCGGCAACGGCGGCGCGGGCAUGCAGCAGGGGCGGUCGCUGCAGCACAUGGACUCGGGCAGCAUGUCCAUGAACCCGGGCACCCGUGAGCUCAAGCGCUGCGAGAGCGACUCGUUCAAGCGCUUUCUGGCGGUGGGACUACCAUUCUCCCCCAUGGAGGCAACCCCGGAAGACCUGUUCGAGGGCUUGCGCCGGGACAGCGGCCCAAUGGGCGAGUGAGGCACGCAGGACCAUGGCGGAAUCACGUAUGAACAAUAGACAACAGCUCCAGGCUGCAUUGCCACGCUUGGGGAAAGGAAUGACGUGAUGACUUGGACAGUCAAUCGGGGCUGCUAACUGACUAGCGGCAUGCACUGUGUGAAGCGCGCGAGUUACUAAUGGUGGGCAGCAGUGGGUUCUAAGCGCUGGCGUGCGGCAGGCACGGCGUAUUCAUUUUGGUUUGUCUCUAUACGGUCGCAUCAAGAAGGCUGGGGGGAGGGCGGUUUCCCUUCGGCCGGAGAUGGUCCCUCUUGACCUGGGUGCUGGGCACCCUUGCUUGGUCAAACUGUCCCUUACUGUAGUGUCGCAUACAUACAGCACCCGCUGGAGCAAAGUUGGCCGGCAUGAUACAGUGCGAUGUCGUGGAGUACAGCUGUUGAGGUGCAGAUGGAAGAGGAGGUAAAGUGAUGACACUGUUCGGUACGGGAGGAGUGGAGCUCCCAUGGGAGCAUUGGUGUGGAGGAGCAUCGGUGCACUGGUGUAGAUAACCGCCGUAAGCCUGUCAAAGGCCACUGGUAGGGUCCUGUAACGGGUGAAGCACUCUUCAAGCUCGGGUCAUUCUUGUCAGUCUUACUUAGCAAGGGACCACCAGACAUACCAGUAAGAGGGUAGUGAUUGCCUUUGUUGCCACGGUGAUGCUUCGUGGUCCCCUUCUGUACGGCGGCAUCCGCCAUUGCCUAGAUAUGGUCACGCAUUCGGCCUGAGGAUGAGGGGCAGGUUGGCGUAGUCCCGUAGUGUGGAGCGUACUCCCAGACUCCAAUAACAAACGAUUUGCAGCGUCAAGAUAAGAUGGCGCGGCUGGUAUAACACGAGAGUUACUAUGCCGAGACAUCGCUGACUGAGCUGGAUUGCUGGCAGGCAGGGAGUUUGCUCAUUUGCUGAUGCGCAUUCCUCACGCUCCGGGCUCCCGGCCAGGCGAUAGCACCAGACACGCGCACCGCAACGCCACACGCGUGAAGCAGGGGCGCAGCGCAUCUGCAGGCGGGCGACCAGCGUCCAAGGAUGAGCGCCGAAGAGCAAUGCAGAUAAAACGCAAACAGUGCAGCAAAGCCGGGUGACAGUCUGACAAGCAGGGGUACAAACAGGGCGCGGCAAGGCAGAAGUGGAGCCGGCAUUGUACGACGAGUGGGCAAGCCGAAUGCAAGUGCAAGACAAACACAAUCGGAGUGACGGGAGUGUGAGGAAGCGCCGCCAGCUGGAAUGUGGGAACCGUGACUGAUGAUAGUUCGUUGUGAGGCUGCGUCGCACGCCCUACGAACCGACUCACCGAGGGAGUUAGGUGUGCGGUCACGUCUCCUCUCACUCUUCAUCGCCCGCCUCUUGUGUGGUGGCACACAGGCACAGCCUAUCACAGCUGCGGAGUGCUGCUCACUUGCUCAGCUUGACGUAGAAGCUGGGGCUAGCCGUGUGAAGCAGGAGCUGGGGCUAUUCCCCCGCAGCUAGACCCGGGCUCACCCACGGGCGUAAGGUGCGCAUUCCAGCUGCUGGAUCCGGCAUGGCGCAUCACUGCAGCAGGCGGGCCAGGGCCCUGUGCGGGCAGCGCUUGGUGGCUGGACAGGUUGCUCAGUGGGGUGGUGCUGCGCUAGGUGCGGGGUACCGUAUGGGUGGCCAGUGAACUGGAGGCAUCAGGUGCGCACCGGUGCAGAUCCGUGCUAACACGUUCCUUGCAAUAACAUGGCGCAUGCACCUAGAAGCCCUGUCAGCCCGACACCCAUGUGUGCCUUGCCUGACAUCAAUUGUGGCCGGCUCACGUUGUGGUUUCAGGAUAAGGCAGCCACGCAUAAUGUCAACCCAUGUAAGUGACAUGGCGC